AUCUGCAAACUUUUUUAAAUUACUUUUACAUUUAUAUAUAUGGGCAUUACUGUACGAAUGCACCAUUGAUGUAUUAAACCUUUUAGUUUGCUUCGUAAACAUAGAAUAAAAUUCCAUCAUUGUAACUGUUUUCAUGAGUUUCUUAGUUAAUAUAAGCACAAAACUACACAAUUCGAUACAAUGCUAAACCAUUAUUUCUCUUAAAAACAUUCUGAUUUACCCAACCGGUCCUCGUUUGAAUUGUGUGGUUCUAUGCGUCUCCACCAGUCUCCACCGGCAAACGCCAUUAUCUCACUAGUUGCAGUGGUACAAAGAGUUACUUCUGCCACACCCUUUUUUAUAAUAUUCAUUUAAUAAUAAUUACUUGUAUUUACAUUUUUUUCCUUCUUUUAAUACUUCAGAUUGUGACUUAUACAAGGAUCAUUAAAUUACAUAGUCAUGGAUAAGAGAAAUUUAAGGCUAAGAAAUAGUUUACUAUUUCCAUCAGAUAGCCAAAGAUCAAAUAGUCCAGUUUCCACUAGACAAACUAGUCGGUUGUCAAUGAGGAGUGAGAAAUCUACUGGAUCUUCUAUGCAAAAGUCACUCUCCAUGAAGCGAAAGAAACCACAACUGGAAUCACCAAAUGCAUCUAGCGAUGAGAAUGCUGAAACUUCUUCAACCUGUAGUCUGUCUCCAAAAAGAAAAAAUACAAGGAGCACUCUCCCACAGGCAAAGUUAAGGUCACUUAGCGAGACAGAUCCUAAUUUGGUUGAUCCAACAGCCAUCUCUACACCUUACAAUGAGCAUUCCACACAGGAUACCAUUCGCAAAAGCCAAUCAAAAGCAAAUGCUAAUAAACUUUUCAAUGAAAACAGUAAUUUGAUUUCUGAAACACCAGUUAGAGUGACAAGAUCAUCUCAGGCUCGGUUUCAGCUUUCCGUAUCACCUGAAAGCCAGUUGGAUAAUGAGCUCAUUAGAUUUUUUAAUUCAUCAGGAAUUACUCUUUCGCAGAAUGACAAUCCACAUGUACUUAAUGAUGAUGCACCUACAAUAAGACAAAAAAUGGAAACUCUAUUUAGUACUCAGACCUUUAAGGUGAAAACAAUAUUAAGCCAGUGGCAAAAAUAUAUUGAAAAUGAAGAUAAUCUUCAGAAGAGCUUAAACAAUACUAAAAUAAUUAGUGAACAAGAUGCAUUUGGUGAUUUAAAUAAAACAUCUCUUGUUAGAAUUUUACUGCAAGUGCCUUUGCUUCAAACGAAAAUGAUUAAUUUUCUCCUGGAACGACUUACAGAAGCUAUACUUGUAGCUGACUCUCCAGAUGAUGUACCUUGGUGUGGUUUAAUGCUGCAGCAGUUCCGCUUCAUAGAGGAAAUUUUAGAUGUUGAUAAUCUCACAUCUAAGCUUGAGGAACUCUUAGAAUCAUGUCCUACAUGGUUUCAACGUGAAUUAAUAUUAUUCUUACCAGAUAUCAUUAUCGAUUCACAGCAUUAUGCUAUAGCAGAGGUUCUUAUUAAGUCACUGGAAUCUAAUCCUGAAUUGACUAAUUCAAUUUUGGAAUGCAUAAGCAAUCUAACUCUUGGCAAACAGUAUAUGGAGGAUUUGCGUGACAAAGUUCUAAAUACUUUAAAAAGCCAAUUACAUAUGGAUAUGCUACCUGCAGUGACCAAGUUUGUUCUUACGGAUUGUACCACUGUGGAGUCUUAUAAGAAAACACUAUUAGCAUUACGUGUGUUGGAAAUGCAACCUCUAGCAGGUGAAAAAUUGACUGAUUGCUAUACUAAUCAAGUACUCAUUAUGAACGUCUUGAGGACAAAUAUAUUGAUAUCAAAAAAGAUGACCCAAGCAGCAAUACAAAUAUUGAAGAGUGGCAAUUCAAAGCCAAUGCCUUUUGACAUAAUGUUGAUGCUACUGAUAUUCCCUACGAAUACAGUGAAAAAAAAAGAUAUUGAAACUGUUUUAAGGCAGCAUAUACGAGUAGGUUUGUAUAAAGCCAGCCUACUCAAUAUUUUCUAUAAUGAUUUUAAGGAGGUCGCUAGAGAAUUACAGUCAAUAGCAAUGAAAUUAGCCAGCAUCCUUCUGACUAUGGAGGAUCGAGUAUACGUUGACUUUGCCACGGAAUGGUUCAGACUCAUGUUCGCCAGUCAAGCAGAUGCUGUCUACAAGCAACGUGAGAUCAUUGAAAAAAUAAUUCUCCUCACAGGAAAUUCUGGACAUGUGUCGAAGAAUGCAUUUGCGGUUCUCUGCAAGAUGUCCGAGAACGACGAAGAUAGCAAAUAUUUGCAGACACACUGUAAUCACCUAAGCAUCCUCUUGGAGAAAAUGGAUAACUUGAGUUUAGAGGAAGUUGUCAUGUUGAAUGAUCUCUUGCAUGGAUUGUGCACGAGCUCGAACACAACAGCUGAUAAUUUGAGGGACGACCUAUUUAUACUCCUGCGGAAACAAUUGUCUAAUACAAAACCUCUAAUGAAAUGUAAAGGUGUUCUGAGUGCUGUAAUGGCGAUUAAACAUUUAGCAGGAAAUGUGGAAACAACGGGACAAGCUACAGAAAUAUUUAAACAAGUUGAAAUAGCUGUGAAAAAUUGUCCAAAAUCAACAGCGUUGUUUUAUGACAAACUGGCGGAGGUCAUAGCGGCUUCUCAGAACAUGGAUCGUGAUAUUCUUAAUUAUUUUACGUCUCACUUUGAGAAUCUUUUCAUUGAAAUAUACAUGAUUGAUAAAACUAACUAUAACGGUGAUCUCGUACCAAAAUAUGAUUUAAAUGAAUCGAAUGAUGAUGCACAAUCAUGCGUCAUUAAAAUCAGUGAGGGCAAAUAUGGUGGAACUAUUUUGACAUUGUUCCGUUUACUCAGAACAUGUUAUAUGAUUGCAUAUAAUGGAGAUUUAAAGCAUAUAAAUAUGCUUCUAGGAUGCGGCAUUCUGUUGCCUAAUAAUUUGGACUCACCUGAGCCAGAAGUAAUUGAUCUCGUUAUACACUGUAUUAACUGGUUUCGGGAGGUGAUAAACGCCUUUGUGAAGGAUCCCGAUCCUCUUAUGCAGAAACAAGUUCUGCAGAGACUUGAUGAUCUGAUUAAUCUGCAGGGAGAAUUGCAUACACUUAUUACACUGUGCGGUACACAUUAUCAGCCACCUCCUUGUUAUUUUCACUAUUUUCCGGCACCGGAAUUUGAACGCCUUAAGAAAGGAACUAGAAGCAAAGGGAAAAAAGCGAGUAUGGAUAAAUCUAGCUGCUUGGCUGAUUGGCAAUCCUGGCAAAUGGGUUCUUCGCUGUGCCUUAAAAAUCCUGCAUAUUUCCGACGUUUGGAAGCUAAAGUAGCUCAUAUACUCGAUGUUAGAAUGAAUGUCUAUGCAUCUCAGGGUUCAUCACGAAAUAUCUCAGUAGCUCAAGUCUGUUUUGUGGUUCAAGAAUUGUUAGAUAUGUUUAAGGGUGACGUAAAGGAAUCUUUUAUAAGAGACCUUGUUGAUUUACUACCUAAAAUCACUGCCAACUUAAAGCGCAUUGUUUCUGAACUCAGAGAAACGGAUACUGAUCAGAAUCGUGAAGCCCUACAAUUGUUGUUACAACUUUUAACGUCCAUGUUCAAUUGGAGAGGAUUUCACACAGCUGUUUAUAAUUCAUUGCUCCGAGAUAGUCUACGUACAAUAGCUAGCCUGAUGAACGAAUCAAAUUCUAUGCUUAGAUCCUGCAGGGAACUUGUUGCUGAAGCUUUUAAGUAUUUUGAGUCGUUGUCAGAUGUUGCUACACGAAUAUCCAUCGCUGUUGCACUCAUUAAUGUGUGCAGUUCUUUAAUGCAACAUUCGGAAACAAUGUUAAACCAACACAAGAAAAAACUUGCGAAAAUGGCUUUUGGAUUUUUGUCAUUGCAAUGGUCCGCAGAUAAUAGUCAAGAGCGUAUAAGCAAUUCGGAUUUGAAACUUUUAUUGGAGAUAUGGAUAAGUGACGAUCUUCAACCUUUAAAAACAGUGAUGCUCGUUAUGGAAUGGCUUCCGGAUGAAACAAAGCAAUUAAAAAAGUCGCAAGAUAAUUUAGAUAGAUUACCAACCAUAACUAGAAGUAACUUCCAGUUAAUGUAUAAACAACUCUUCCACGGAUUAGUUAAGGGCGUAAAAAGUUCAUUGGAUUCAAAUAAUCAAGAUGAGAGGAAACAAAUAGAGAUAUGGUUAAAGACGGUGAAGAUUCUUGAGAAAAUGGUCGAUAUCUGCAACAGUUUAUCAAUACAAGCCAAUUUGCCAAUCAUUCUUCACUACACGACAGUAGUCUUAAAUUUCUUUGUUAAGAAGGGAAUGUCAAUUCUCGAACAUUAUCUCAAAUAUCAGAUGAAUGAUGUCAUCCAAAUUGUGAAAUCUAUGCAAAAAGCUACGAAGUACCUUCACAAGGUGUGUGCUGACGCCAAGCAAAAUAAAAUUGUAACACUAAAUAAACUGAUACCAGAUUACAGUUCGGCACAACGAGAAUUCUUACACAGAGUUCAGUGUAUGAUGGCUUUGAAUAAAAUUGAUGAGGCUUUCUGGACAGGCGACAUUGUUAAUUUAAAUUUAAAGAAUACUGAAAUCAGCUCACAGUGUACAUCAGCGGAUGACAUCACAGUGCCAACAACAGAAACAUCUGUUAAUGAUACAAAUAAUGAUACUAGUUCAGAACUUUUCUGGAGCGACAACGAACAGGACCGUGAGGACGAGGCAGAAGAUGAUUGAAAUACUUACCUUGCAAUCAGUCAUUACUUUCGAUGCAUAACAUGAGUUACAUAAUAUUAACGUUAUAUAUUUAUAAAUGUAUUACUUAACCGUGAUACAAUUUACUUAUAUUAUUAAUUUUUCAUGUUUAUAAAAGAGAAAUGCAAAUAUUGUUGAUUCAGUAUUUGCAUGAUAGUUUAUCAU